AUGGAGAGUUGGACAUCGAUGAUUUGGACGUUUGGGGCGGUAUUGUUACUGUUAUUCGCACACUCCGAUGGGCAAGGCCAGAUUCAUCUGGCAUUGUUAGCUUCUGAACCUGAUGCGAGUAGGCAACCCCUCCCGAAAUGGAUCGUUCGCCAUGCUGGUCCAAUUGCACCCUUCCAUCAGAUUGGGGCAUAUGAGCCACCACCACAAGGCUGCAGGAUUGUUCAAGUUAACCGACUUCAGCGACAUGGCUCUCGUUAUCCGACAGCUAAGGUCAACAAAAGAAUUCAACGUGCUCUGCAAAAGAUUCGACAUGCUACCCACCUGCACGAAUCUUUAAGUUUCAUCACCAACUAUCAGUAUCACUUGAGUCAAGACUCAUUACUUCCUUUGGGUGCCCUAGAAAGCUUCAAAUCAGGGGUACAGUUUGCAUCGCGCUAUCAGAAACUAAUGAAUCCGGAACAGCUGCCGUUCAUGCGAGCAAGCUCAUCCCAACGAGUAGUAGAUAGCGCAAAGAAUUUUACUGCGGGACUUGCUUCCUGGCUUGGAAUAAAAAUCAACAAUAUUGAACCUCUCGUCAUCUCUGAAGACCCUCAGAGCAACAAUACUUUAGAUAACAAUUCGUGCCCGAAUCGGGAAUCCCGUGAUGAAAAACAUCAAUGGUUAGAAAUCUUCGGGAAACAAGUCACCGAGAGAUUGAAUUUGCUGGCCACAGACGCUCACUUGAAUAAUCAAGAUACCUUGGCACUUAUGCAGCUUUGCAUAUUUGAUUCACUAGCUGAUAGGAAACUUAGCAGAUUUUGUGGAAUUUUCGAGAAUCUUGAUUGGGCCGGAUAUGGUUACUAUUAUGACUUGGAAAAAUAUUACGAUCAUGGUCUAGGAAAUCGACUAGGCCAAGCUGAAGGAAUAGGCUACGUAGCUGAGCUCAUUGCCCGCUUGACUGGUGAUAGAAAGUGGGUGAAACACGACGAGUCUAAGGUUAAUCAAACCCUUGAUCAAUCAUCGACUACUUUUCCUUUGGACCAGAGUGGUUACGUAGAUUUUUCGCAUGAUAACCAGAUGAUUGGUAUCCUCGCUGCCCUGGGGCUGCAAGUCCAUGAACCACUUCCGGGAACAGGACCGCCCCCAUCCGAUAAAAUCUGGGAUGUCAGUAAAUGGAUGCCAUUUUCCAGUCGAUUAACUACCGAGAAGAUGAUUUGUGGCCAUCAAAACAAACAAUUUGUUAGGUUUGUGCUGAAUGAUGUGAUAUUGAUUCCACCCUGUAAAACUAGUGAUAAGCAUUUAAUGCUUGAGCAAAGUCCUUUCAUUUGUCCUCUUGAUCAAUUUAUUGAGUCCAGAAGAGGCUUACUCAUACGUGCUAAGAAUCUUCAUGAACAAUGCUUCCGGGAAGAGCCGCAAUAA